AUGGACGACCGCGAGGACCCCAUCGCACAGUUCUUCCCUGAUCAGGAUGACGUGGACCUCUACGACGUGCUUGGCGUCAACGCCGACGCGAAGCCGGACGACAUCAAGAAGGCAUACCGCAAGCUCGCGCUCAAGUACCACCCGGACAAGCACGCCGGCGCGGACGACGACGCGAAGGCCGACGCGUCGCUCAAGUUCCAGCAGCUCGGCUUCGCAUACGCCGUGCUCUCGGACGAGAAGCGGCGCGGUCGCUAUGACCUCACGGGCAAGACGGACGAGGGGCUCGACUUCGGCCCUGGCGAGGACGGCUGGGAGGCGUACUUCGAGGAGCUCUUUGAGCGCGCCACGAAGGGCAAGCUAGACAGUAUGAAGCAAGAGUAUCAGGGAUCGGCCGAGGAGGUGGCGGACCUCAAGAAGGCGUAUACCGAAACCGACGGCUCUAUUGAAGAGGUCAUAACCCACAUUCCCCACUCCACCCACGACGACGAGGCGCGUUUCAUCGUUAUUAUCUCUGGGCUCAUCAAGGACGGCGAGCUCUCGCUGCUUCCUCUAUGGGAGUCCAGUACGAAGGACGAGAAGGCGAGACUCGUGCGGAAGAAGCAGUCGGAGAAGGAGGCGGGCGAGGCGGAGGAGCUUGCGAAGGAGCUUGGCGUGUGGGACGAGUUCUACGGCAGCGGGAAACCGGGCGCGCGGAAAGCGAAGGGCAAGGGCAAGGGCAAGCCAGCCGUGGACGACGACGAGGAUACCUCUGCGCUGCAGGCCUUGAUCCUGAAGAAGCGCAAGAACAUGGACAGCUUCUUUGACGGCCUCGCGGCCAAGUACGCGGAGCCUGAUAAGGGCGGCAAGAAGGGGAAGAAGAGGGCCAAGCCCACGGAUGAUGAGGAGGAUGGGUCCCCAAAGAAGAAGUCGAGGAAAGAGGUCCCGCCACCACCCGACCUUGACGACGCCGAGUUUGAGAAGAUCCAGCGACGACUGAUGGAGGGCAAGACGAAGAGGGCGGCGAGCUCUGGGACAAACACAAAGGCAGCGAGUCAGGGCCGGGGGACAAAGGCGAAGAAAUAA